AUGGUGAAAGCCCGCUCAAUCGAAGAAUCGGGUCCUGCAGCUCAAAGUUCCCUUCCAACAACAGAACUUCCUUCCCCCAGCCGAUCUCACAAUGCUUCUAUUAAAGAAUCCCACGAUUCUCUAUGGGCUAGAACAAAAUCCCAUUUCAGCGAAGAGAUAACUCUCGUUCAUGCUGAUUUGCCAAUGAUAGCAUGUGCGCUCGUAUCUGGUAUCUGCGACAGCAGUGCCUACAAUGCUUGGGCAUGUUUUGUUUCUAUGCAAACCGGUAAUACCAUCUUUCUAGCUCUCGGCGCAUCCGGUCAACCAAUCAGUCAUCCAUACGGUUGGGUCAAGUCCCUAAUUUCCAUAUUCUUCUUCCUCUGCGGGUGUCUCUUUUUCGCACAAACACGACGAUUCGGCGCCGGAAAGAUUCGUGGGAUCCUAUCCAUAUCGUUUUUGUUACAAGGAAUCUGUAUCAUAAUAGCCGCAGCAUUGGUCCAAAGAAAUGUGGUACCAGAACCACUUGGUGUGAAGUCAAUCGAGGAUGAAGUCAAUUUUAUCGAGUUGAUUCCCCUAGCAUUCUUGGCAUUUCAAUCUGGUGGUCAAAUUGUUACAUCGAGAAUCUUGGGCUUCAAUGAAAUUCCUACUACGGUUUUGACCAGUGUCUACUGUGACAUUGCUUCAGACCCGAAAGUACUUGCACGAAAUAAUGUUAAGAGGAAUAGAAGAGUAGGAGCUGUUCUUGCUAUUCUUUCUGGUGGAAUUGCUGGGGGUUGGAUCAGUCGAAGUUCGGCUGGUUUAUCUGCUGCUCUCUGGCUUGCUGCUGCCAUAAAAGUUGUGAUUUCUUUUAGUUGGGCGAUAUGGAAGCCAAAGCCAGUCACUUUGGCAUAG